AUGGCAAUGGCAUAUCAAACGAUAUUAGCUGUCCUGAUGGUAAUCACCGGCUCGUUUAAUACUCUCUCAGUCAAGUAUGCUGACAAGCAGAUCGUCCCAGGAUCUGAUGGCCAACCAAGACACUUCAAUCAUCCCUUUAUGCAGUCUUCCUUCAUGUUCGUAGGAGAAAUGAUGUGUCUUCUGGUCUUCAAAGUAGCAUUUUGCUAUUACAAUCGUCGAACGGAUGGAUCUGUGGACAACAAUCCACUUACGAAAGGUUCGCGGACUUUCAAUCCAACAGUAUUGGCUAUACCUGCUCUAUGUGAUAUGCUUGCCACCACUGUCAUGUACAUUGGGCUCACUAUGACCUACGCCAGCAGCUUUCAGAUGUUACGGGGAGCAGUCAUUGUUUUCACUGGCAUCUUCUCCGUCGCCUUCCUCAAUAGAGAACUCGGCGUCCGCGAAUGGUCCGGUAUCAGUUUAGUGAUAGUCGGCCUAGGAAUAGUAGGACUUAGCGACAUAGUUACGGGCAAUGCUGAUCACACAAGUGUAAAUUCUGUAAUUACCGGAGAUCUACUUAUAGUCUGCGCCCAGAUCAUCUCGUCUGUUCAAAUGGUGGUAGAAGAAAAGUUUGUAUCUGGUCUGGAUAUUCCACCAUUGCAAGCUGUAGGCUGGGAAGGCAUUUUUGGAUUCCUGGGUAUUUGUCUGGCUAUUGUGCCCUUGAAUUUUAUUCGUGCAGUACCACCCUUCGCUGACAAUUCUAGAGGAACUCUCGAAGAUACCUUGGACGCUUUUGUACAGAUAGGAAAUAGUGGAUAUCUCCUAAUGGCCAUAGUCGGUAUAACCGUGAGCAUAGCCUUCUUCAAUUUCGCUGGUAUCAGCAUCACCAAAGAAUUGAGUGCAACCACUAGAAUGAUACUGGACAGCGUACGUACUAUACUCAUCUGGCUGUUCUCCUUAUUAUUUCGUUGGCAAGCAUUUCAUUAUCUACAGUUGCUGGGAUUCGCUAUACUUCUGAUAGGCAUGUGUUGCUAUAACAACAUUAUAAUUCCUCAAUCGAUAAGGAAGAUCCAGUACCGUCUGGGACGUCAUCGUCAACCAGCCUCCGACGAAGUCAAAGUCAUAAAUACAGCAGCAGAUGAUGUGGAGGAGACACGAUGAGCAUCUUUUUUUCCAAUGGGUCGAGAACUAUAUAAACUUAUUAAUAUCGUUGAGACGUUUUCAUAAGUCAAAUUAUUCUUUUCAUGAUCUCUCCUUAAACUUCGUACACUGAAUUAGAUUCUAAAUUAAUUCUGUUGAAUGAUUUGCUUGUUUCUUUCACUCCUUCUCCUUUAUACACCACAAAAAUAGAUACAGUAAUUAAAAAAAAAAAUAUAUAUAUAUAUAUAUAUAGAAGAAUCACUGGUAAAGUCUUCUGUUUAAAAUUUGUCCGUCAAGAAACAGGUAUCUUUCGCUAUAGAAUAUUAACGUGAAAUGUGAUAUACCUUCAAAGACCGCAUAUAUAUUUUAUUGCAUGAAUUAGAAUUUUAGAAGUUUGAUAAGAGCGAUUAGCGAUAUACAAUUUAAUAUAUCAGUAUUAAUUUUUCUUUUCCCAUCACGGUGCUCUUAAUCGUUACCUUUUAUCUAAUUCUAUUACUUUUUUCCAGAUGCAUUUUCAGCAAUACAAUAAAUCUUUAUUAGAAUCCUUUAAAAGGGAUAAAUACUCGUGUCCUGAAUAUUAUCUAGCAAUGUAAUCAGUCAGAAACUAUACUGUAAUUCAAAGAAAAGAAUAUGUAGGUUAAAAAGAAAACUUAUUUACAUCUGUGUAGAAGGAUGCUAAUUAUGGCACAGAUGAAUUAUACGAAGAGAAAGAACAAUACGAAUAUAUUUAGAAUCUCAUAAUUAUUUUUGUUAUUACUUGAUUGUGAGUGGAGCAUCAAGUUCUGCGUACUGAUAAUAAUCUAUACCGAGAAGUAAUAAGAGGCGCAGAGUGUAUUUUAUUACCGGGUAGUCAACGAGAUUUGUCGUUACAUUGCAAAAGUAGCUAAGGAGAAUAAUAAAGAAAUUUUGAGAUUAAAAA